UGGAUAUCACCGGCUAAAGUGAAGUUCUACAAGGCCGAAAGAAAAGAAUCUCAAGUGCCGUGAGGUAAUUAAUUAACGAAUCGGAAGUCUCAGUCGAGCUAGCUGGUUCACAGCAGGCAAACUACGUUGUUGUCAGAGUAUUUAACCUUGUGACCAUCGAGUGGCAAUCAAUAAAUUAAUUAGCAGCAAAAAGAUUUGCUACCUCGACGUCGAGAUCGAUCGACAACGCACCACCAUCGGCACGACUUUUUUUUUUCUAAAAGGAAAAAAGCUCAUCGUCAGUGGGCACUCGCUACCGAGGCGCGUGGGCCCACGCGGGACGUCCACGAGAAGGAAAAAAAAGGAGGUGGGCCCAAUGUGCCAGCCCGCCACCCGUCUCUCCGAAACGGGCUAUAAAUAGGGCCCUCCUACACUUGUCUCCCUCCCUUUUCCCUCUCCCGCCACUCGCACAGCACACUCCAGGUUACGCUGUGACGCUUCUGCCCCUAGCCAACUGCUAGUGCACUGCCAUGGCCCUCUCCGACGUCGACCUCGACUUCGAGGCCUUCCUCGCCCACCUCGCCUCCGGCCUCGACGCGCCGCCUCCGACGCAGACGUCCCCCGUGCCGGCUCUGUCGUCGUCGCCGGAUCUUCUUCCCAUGCUCACGUCGUCGCCGGAGGCGGGCCUGCUGAGCCCCGCUGCCCCGUCGCCGCUGGAAGUACCCAUGGACACGUCGUCGCCGUCGGAGGGCGGCCUGCUGACCCCAGGUGCGCUGUCGCCGGAUCUUCCCAUGACCACGUCGUCGCCGGAGGAGGGCACGUCGUCGGGAUCGGCGGGGACCGUCGCCGUCGCCGGACCAGACGACGGCGACAGGGAGCGGAGGCUCCGCCGCAAGGUGUCCAACCGCGAGUCGGCGCGCCGGUCACGCGCGCGCAAGCAGCGGCACCUCGAGGAGCAGCGCGCCGCGGCCGCCACGCUCCGGGCCGGGAACCGGCACCUCGCCGAGAAGCUCCGGGUCGCCAGGGCGCGCGCGGGGCUCGUCGCGCUCGCCAACGCCCGCCUCCGCGCCCAGGGCCAGGCCCUGAGCCGACGCCUCGACGCCGCGCGCCAGGCCCUCGCCCUCAGGCAGCUCUACGCCGCCGCGUCGGCCUCCGGCGGCGCCCUGGACAUGCAGGCGCUCGCCUCGCUGAUCCGGUAGCGCAUGGCACGGCGCGGGCGCACGAGAAGAUGUUUUUUGACCUGCUGGUGCAACAUCGAUCGAACGAACGAACGACGAACGUACGGGCUGCUAUUAAUCGAAACCCAUAAGAAGCUAUUAUGCAUGAUCCUUGAUAUAUAAAAGCAAGAAAUUGUGUACGGAAAAUGGCACCAAAAAACGUACUUGCUGCUUGAUCCAUGCUGCUGCUCGAACAUCGCCGAUUUCUGCGCUCCCUUUGAUCGGAAACGGACGGCCAGGAUCGAUCCAGCGAGCAUGAGAUGCUCUUCCGCUCGCCGCUGGAUCUCAAUUAUUGUUGUCUCUGUGAUUUAGUAGCUAGUGCUGCAGCUUUGCUAUCGAUCUGUUGGCUGAUUACUGGAUGGAUGUAUCCAUCGUCUCUCUCUCUGUGUCCUUCUUAUUCCUCAUGUUUGGCACCUGUCACCCUCAUGCUUGUCUCUCUAAAUAUAAUUCCUUGCUCACCGGCCGAAAGUUGGUGGACGAGUUGCACA